GGAUGCAUGUGUCAUUAUAGUGCUUGGUGAAGCCUCCAGUGAAAGAAAGCACAAAGCCGGUCAAUUUGAAACUUCACAGUGAUCUACGUGCAGUAGGGUGUGCAGAAUUUGAUAAUCAGGGAACUUUCUCACGUUGUAUAAGAGAGGGAAGGAAUCAUCACCUACAGAUGGUUGUAGGCAUUAGUAACCUGUUUUCACAAAAAUUCCAAAAGCAAAAAUGAAAUGCAGCAAAGUUGUAUUUGAUCACUUGAUAACAUUCAUGAGCGUUGGAAAAAAAUAUAAUGAACUUUUUGCUUCUUUUUUUUUUUUUUUUCAGGUUGCUGAGAAGAUAUCCUUAAUGGAUCAGUACAGAUUAGAAAGAGAGAGGCAGCUAAAGAUGGAAGAAGAGGAAGAAAUAAGAAGGUUGAGGAAAGAACUGGUGCCAAGAGCUCAACCAAUGCCCUAUUUUGAUAGGCCUUCUAUACCAAAAAGGUCAUUGAAAAAUCCAACCAUACCAAAAGAGCCCAAGUUCCAUAAUCCGCAGCACAAGAAGAUCAAAUGCAUGUCAUGGAAUGACAUCAACUUGGCCAUCAACGCUGAUGAGAUGAGAAAUGGUAAGGAGAGAUGAAGACAGGUGAAUAUUUCGGCAAACGUUGACAACAAUAUGUUUUUCUUCAUAUGCUAUAUGAAGAUUCUUCCUUUUUCAUUUUUGGUCCAACUGUACGUUAAGCAAUCAAUUUAAUUGCAAUUCUUUUGGAGUAAACAAUGAACAAAUCUGCAAAUUUCUCAACUAUUUGGAAUUGGAUUUGUUUUGUCUCAAACACGUUAUUGUGGUGAUUGGGAAACAACGAUAUUUUAUGUCCUCCUUUUU